UCUUAUCGGGGGUGGAUUCAUGUACACAAGAUAGGUUUGCCUGACUGACUGCGCGAACGAGUGUUUGUGCGUGGCUUCAUCCCUGAACGGAACAUCUGUCAGGGGCCUGGAAUACACACUCGGUCCAUCGCCAUGGAACGAGGCUUCGGCUACGCGCGCGAGAGGCCCGCCGGCGCCUGGCACGAUUUCCCUCCCCGCGACAGGGACGAAAGUCUUUAUUAUUACCGCGACGCUCAGAGCCACUACCCUUGGCACGCACAACAGGCGCAAUACUAUGCCCCUGAGGAAAGGGUGAGAGGCCGCAGGUAUGACUCGCCCUUCGAGGAAACAAAGGCCGCUCGGGGUCACCGUGAAGAACAUGACCUCCAAAAGGAGUUUGGGUUCUCAUACACCUCCGGAAUACGCGAGAUGCAGGACAUCAAAUCCAGGCAAAACUACCAGCAGAUCCGCAACCACGAGAGGCGCAAAGCCGCCUUUGACUACCAGCGCGAGCGAAGGAGUCACGAAAGAGUCCCUCAUUACGUAAACGGCUUUCAGGAGUCAGUGCAGCAUCCGCGGAGAGAAUUUUUCCACGAGUGGAACAGAGGCAGACGCGAGAGAUCACCGAGUCCCAGGCGGAACGGAGCUUGGAGAGGACGUGAAGAUUUCGACGCAGCCGUGCAGCCGCGUCCACACCACGGCAGGUCAUCGCCCCCGCACUACAGGCAGCGAGAGCCAGCGAGGAGGGCCGACUCGAACCCAAGCUUCGAACACCGUUCCCGACAGAUGCCUUUCAGGAGCUACAGCCCCACAGGCCAAGAAGAGCAGAGGAGACGGAAUCUCGGCAGACAGGCCUUCCGCCCGCGUUCGAACUCGCUCGAAAGUUACUGGGGCCCAGCGAUCUCGCCUACCAAUUCGAACGAGGCUUUUACUGACGCCUACUACGAAUCGAGCACCUCCAGCCCAACGCAGCAGCCACCGCCUGUAUUUCAGCAUCAGCCCCGGGAAAGGGCUGGGCAACGCCCACAGCCUCACCAGCCCUUCAUACCGCAGCCCGACUAUACGUGGCACAAGAAGAAAAAACGAUUCCCCGUUCAGCACCCGGAUUACCCAUUUUAAUUUCUUGUGUCAGCUACCCGAGUUCGCUCGAAGAUACUUUAGUACAGGUUUGCAACGUACAAAGUGUAUUUAAGUCUAGAUCCCCACGGUAAAACUAUAACCGCUUAACAAAUAUGUAUAUUAUAUUGUGAAUAAAUGCAUAAUGUGUAA